AUGGCUGUGAUAACCAAUGAAAAAAAUGAGUUAAUCCCUACAAGAACAGUGACUGGGUGGUGCAUAUGCAUGGACUACAGAAAGUUGAAUGAUGCAACAAGAAAAGAUCACUACCAUGUGUCGUUCAUUGACCAAAUACUUGAUAGGUUAGAAGGCCAAGAAUACUACUGUUUCUUAGACAGAUAUUCAGGUUACAAUCAAAUCACCAUUGCACCAGAGGAUCAAGAAAAGACAACAUUCACAUGCCCUUAUGGGACUUACACAUUCAAGUAUAUGUCAUUUGGCCUUUGUAAUGCUCCUACCACUUUUCAGAGAUGUACAAAAGUGAUUGUUUUUACUGACCAUGCAGCUCUUAGGUACCUAUUCAACAAGAAAGAUGCCAAGCCAAGGCUCAUCAGAUGGAUUCUGUUGAUACAAGAAUUCAAUAUUGAAAUCAAAGAUAGAAGGGGAUGCAAAAAUCAAAUAGCAGACUAUCUAUCAAGAUUAGAGGGUUCGCCCCAUGUGGCUAAACAAAAGCUGAUAAAAGAGGAAUUUCCGGAUGAGCAACUGCUGGAAAUAGAGGUACAAGAUCUCCCAUGGUACGCAGAUAUUGUGAACUACCUUGUUAGUAGAGUGUUCCCUCCUGAUGCUACCUCAUAA